AAAUGAUUUAAAAAAGCAGUUACAAUCUGAAAUUUAUAAAACCGCAUUAUUCGCGAAAUUACUGUAAUUAUGACUUUGUGGCAACAAACGGAUGACUAAUGUGGAAAACUUGUUAAAAUUUUGUAGAUAAAUACAAUACGAUUGUUUUGGCAAUAAAUACAAGUUGACUUUGUAAAAAAUUAAAUAUGAGAUAACUUAUUGCAUCACUGAAAGACAAUAACAGCCAUAAACACCAAUUCCAAUAAAGAAAUGUAAUAAACGGGUAAAGCCACAGCUCCUGAUAACAGAAGUGCACCCGCACAUAUGAAGCGCCAAAGCGAGCGACGCGCAAAGCCGCAAAACAAACAGAUAAAAAGCACGUGUUUUAAAGCCAGCGAAUGGAGAACCACAACAAAUACAAAGCGGUUGAAUCGAUCGAUGCGACCAAGCGGCAACAUAAUCGGGUCGCGAACUUAGAACAAGAUUGCCUUGAUCGGGUAGUUUGUUGUUGUUCGCGCAGCCAGCGCUUCGUUCCGAGGAAGCACUCCGCGAAGCGGGCAACAUUCGGAACUGGGCCAACUGAACGCGAUAUGGAUUUGGGCUAAACCAUGAAACAAUUCAUCAGAAGGAGCCUGGACGGAUCGGACGAUGGAUCCUCGACGUCCAGCAGAAGAUCAUCCCGAUUCUUGGCGGUGGAUUUCACGCGCGAUGAGGUUGCCCACAAGACCUUCAACACCCAUCAAAACCCUCCAGCGCAGGACUUUUAUCACCUGAAACAACGCUGCCUCGCGGAGGGAACCCUUUUCGAAGACUCGGACUUCAAACCGGUUCACGCCUCGCUAACGAAACGCCCAUCCAAUCCGGACCGAUCGAUAGAAUGGCUGCGUCCACGGGAGAUCUGUCGCAGGCCAAAGUUCUUCGUCGAUGGAGCUUCCCGUUUUGACGUCCAGCAGGGCAACCUUAACGACUGCUGGCUCCUCACGGCCACUGCCAAUCUCACCGCCAACGAACGACUUUUCCGGAAAACUGUCCCACAGGAUAACUCUUUCCAAGACGAGGAGUAUGCUGGCAUAUUCCACUUCCGAUUUUGGCAGUUUGGCCAAUGGGUUGAUGUGGUGAUCGAUGAUCGGCUGCCAACGAGGGAUCGUGAACUGAUCUACAUGAAAUCCAGCCAGAAGAACGAGUUUUGGAGUGCCUUGCUGGAGAAGGCCUACGCCAAGCUGCACGGGUGUUACGAGGCGUUGAAUAGCGGGACGGCUCGGGAAGCGAUGCAAGACUUCACCGGAGGAAUAACCGAAUCGUAUAGGCUGAGAGGGAAGGAACCUCCACCAGAUAAUCUGUUCGAGAUCAUACACACAGGAUUUCAAAGGGGAUCCAUGUUUGCAUGCAAUAUAUUGCCGGAUCCCAAAAUCCCAGAAGCUCACACUCCGCAAGGUCUCCUGAAGGGUCACUCGUACUCCGUGACGAAAACCUACACUAUGGGAACGACGAAGCUCAUCCGUCUGCGAAACCCUUGGGGCGACGGCAUCGAAUGGAAUGGUGCCUGGAGUGAUCGCUCGCAGGAGUGGCAAGCGAUUCCGAAGGUCCAACGGAAACAGCUCGGUCUCACAAUCGACAACGAUGGGGAGUUCUGGAUGGACUUUGAAGACUUCUUGCGGUACUUUGAUCGAGUGGAAAUAUGUAACUUGUCUCCAGAUCCGCUCGAUGAUACGGAAGCAAGUAAACGAGGUUGGCAGGUGUCCACCAUCGACGGAGAAUGGGUCAAAGGCUCAACAUCGGGGGGUUGUAUCGACUAUAUGGAAUCCUUUUGGACGAAUCCCCAAUACGUUAUUCAUUUAGAUAAACCUGACAGCGAUGAUCCAUCUGGGAUGUGCACCAUAGUGGUGGCCCUGAUGCAGAAGUUUCGUAGAGCUGAAGAUCUGCCUAGUUUGACGAUCGGAUUCGUUAUCUAUAGAGUUACUGAAGAACAUCUACGGAACAAGCCAGUUCCAAUGAAAUUUUUCAAGAAGAACGACUACCGAAUCGUGGCUCGUUCUAUUUACAUCAACUCCAGAGAAGUCAGUUGCCGUUUGAGGCUGAACCCCGGAAUCUACUUAGUUGUUCCAACCACAUUACAUCCGAUCGAGGAAGGUGAAUUUUUGAUACGUAUAUUUUCCGAGUUGCGCAACUGUUUGGAGGAAAACGAUUGCACCGUCUGUUUUGGAACGAUGGAUGAUCGUGUUUCAGGGCCCCUCCAGGAAGACGAGGAUUGGCCGAAGAUGGUGCGACAUUUCUACGAAUUGGCUGAUCGCAAGAAAACCAUCGAUCACAUUGCACUGGGUGCCAUCCUGACUCGAUUCUUCUUCGCACCUCCCCCCAAAGUUAAGAAACGGUCGAACGUUUGGGUGCGAGUGUGCUUGCAGUUGCAAGAAAUCCUUCUGUGUGGAUGGAUUCCAUGCCAUCAACCGCAAAAACGACACCAGCCAAAAGCGAAACCCGUUGAUCGUGCGCUUGUUCAGCAAAUAUCCCAGCAGUUAAUCUCUCGCGUCAGUGUCAACCAAUCUAGUCAAAUACAGUACGAACAGUUUCGGACCAUAAUUCGGGACGUCCAGCAGUGGCACGCGGUGUUCCAGCUGUACGAUCUGGAUCGAAGUGGUCAUCUGGAUAGGAAGGAGCUCAAGAAAGCUCUCAACUCUUCGGGAUACAACGUCAACAAUCGAGUUCUGCACGAACUGAUGAAACGAUCCAGGGAGUCCGGAGUGGAGGGAAUGGAGCUGGUGGAUUUUGUACUUUGUGCCGUUGAGAGUCGGAACGCUAUCGAAAAGUUGCAGCAACAUAUAACGGAUGAAGCUGUAUGAAUAACUUCCAAAACAAAAGUUGGUUGAGCUACUGGAUUAUGGGAUAAUGCAAUAAACCUAGUGAUUUCUUAUAAUUAAACAUAUAUUUAUCAACAGAAUAUUUUAGAAAAACAAUUUGCUGCAAGCUUUAAAACUCUCUUACAAAAGAUUUAUAUACAAAGUAUAUGUAUCACAAAGUUAUUUGUUUAGAUGUGCUUUAAGUGUAU